AAAUUACAAUUUUCAAAAGGACAUUUUUCCAAAAUUUGCAAUAAGUAUGAGACCUUUAUCGACACGGUUGUUCUAUUUAAAAUCACAAAAGAACUUAUUACAAUCUUACCUCUGCAAUAAACUUGUGGUAUUACAGUAAACUGUAAUCACGGUAAUUUCUUAAAUUCAUUUUUAAUUUCAUUCAAAAUGGGGACGUAUUUUUUUAAAAACAACUUACGGAACACUUCCGGUGAAAUUAAUCCCGGCUAGAUACUUAGACGCUGUGAUCGUAUCCCCAAAGACAGGCCCAUCAGCAGGCACAAAAUUCACAACACCUGGGGGAACCCCCGCUUCCCUGCAAAUCUUGAAAAUGACCCAAUUCGAUAACAGGGCCGUAUCGCUCGGUUUCCACAAAAUAGCAUUACCCUUAAAAUUAAAAACAAAAAAUUUGAACCAAUCACAAGCCCAAAAACCCUCACCAUCAAAGCAGGCGUGUAAGCUAAAUUCCCACCAAUCGCUGUAAAAUUAAACGGCGAAACAGCAGCAAUAAAACCAUCAAUUCCACGAUAACGCAUCGAAUUUUUGGUCACUUUGGGAUUUUCCGAAAUCGGUUGAUAUUUUGUCGCUUCUUUGAGAAAGUAGGCAUUGAGACGGAAAAAAUCGAUGAGUUCGGCGGCCGAAUCAAUCUCGGCUUGAAUAACAGUCUUGGCUUGCCCGAGCAUCGUCGCAGCAUUCAAUGUUUGACGAUACUCGUUGGCCAUGAGAGACGCAGCCUUCUCCCAAAUUUUUAAACGAUCUGGAAUUGGGGUACGGUCCCAUUUUCUCUGAGUUUCCACAGCCGUGUCGAUGGCCUUGUUCAGGAGAUCCUUAUUGGCGUAGUAGAAUUUCGCCAGUUUUUUCUUAUGAUUGUGGGGGCAAACCUAUCAAAUUAAAUUUACAGGAAACUGUAAUUUUUUAACCAACUAUACCUGAUAUCUGACAUCGUCAGUUUUGAAUUCCUUGUCACCGAUCACAAUCGGUACUUCUUCAGUCGUCGCCGCUGUUUUUUUCAACGCCUCCUCCAACUCUUUUCGCUCUUUUGAACCCUUCAAGUAUGGCAAAACGGGCUCAUUUUUCACUCCAAAAUCACUGAUUUUGACUUCGGGUACAACCGAACCCAAACACCUCACACCGACUCUGUAGAAAAUCAAAAAUAAAAAUAACACAUUUGUCGCCUUCACGGCCGACUAAAUUUAAGUCCAGUGGGCCGUGAAGGUGAACGCAUCAUUGCCCCCUAAAUGUUACGCCACUGGUGUCAAUAUCGAUUUUAGUCCACCGAGUGGAAAUUUCCACAGGUCGUGCCCCCUGAACCACGAAUGAGGCUCAGAUGGUCGCAAUUGAGGAUUUUUUCGGCUUGUUUACCACAAACUCGGUUAAAAUCGUCGAAAAUGCGAUAAGAGAUUAUCGAUGAAAUUUAUUUACUGACCUUUGAAAACUCGUCGAGAGUGUUUGUUUACACGCCGAUAACAUUCUGUCUGUUGAAUUCCAAACGUUGGACUUUUCACGGGAAAAAUUUUCAAGGGAAAUUCACCGAAAAGAACCCACUUUGACGUUCACCAUUUGACACACUGGCGUACGUCAAAAUUUACGUAACGGGUUUGAAGCGCUUAGGUUGGCACUCGACUUGGCAUUUUUUAAUUAAUUAUAGCGACAACUAGCAUUUAAAUUUAGCAAAUUUCAAUCAAGGCGUGGAAAACAGCAAAAACCCCACCAAUUAAUGAUUUUUUCGACGAAAAUAAACCGGCCAAAAUGACAGUUGGCAACCCUGAACGGCAUAAAUUUAAUCCCAAUUUUUUAUACUUUCAGUAAUUAGAAUCUCUUACAAAAUAUGGAAAUUGUAAUAAUAAGCCAAUAAAAAUUUCGCAUGUUGGCACCCCUGUCACGAGAAUUUGAGGUUAGGUCCCUUUACGAUGAGGGAAAAUCUCCAAAAAUCGCUAGUUUUAGCCAAUAAUUUACCCGAUGCGACUUUUAGAAAACUUCUAGAGAACUGUUUUGCCACUUUGACUGGUUUUCCAGAGCCCCACAGUAUUUCAAGUCUCUACAACUCCAAACCCGACUUAAUUAAGGAACUAUACGCAGCUUUGCUGUCCCUGACUGCAAAUCUAGUCCAAACUGGGCAAAAUAAGGAAAAUACAAGUCAAUUUUUGAGCCAAUGUCACUAUAGUGGGGCCAAAACGGGUCUAUUUUUGGACUUUUAUGAAAAAAAUCGGUGCGAAAUUGAAGCUAGUCUUGUUAAUAUUGGGAAUCAUUUGCCCCACAUCACGGAUAUUACAUGGAAAAUUGAUUAUAUAAUUAAGUCGAGUUACUUGGACUGUAAUCAAGGUCCUAUCUUCAGAAUUGGACUACAAACCGAGAAAUAUGACCCUGAAAAUGAAUGCAAGAAAGUUGAUUUUCUUCAAUUCACCUGUGACAGUCAGGAAUUACAAGAUUUGGUUUAUAAACUAAAAGACGCAGUGAGACAUUGCCAGAGGAUCGGAAGUGAACACUAGGGGGGCCCCUAGUGAUUAUUUUAUCAUUCCUUUAUUAAUAUUCAAUAUGUAAAUGUGGACUAAUUGAUAAUUAUUGUUAUAAAAGAGGUUACACAAACCUUAAAUAAACAUAAAAAUGGA